UGAGGUCUGCCAGUCUUUAGUGAAACACAGCUCUGGAAUAAAAGGAAGUUUACCACUACAAAAACUGCAUCUGGUUUCACGAAGCAUUUAUCAUUCACAUCAUCCUACCUUAAAGCUUCAACGACCCCAAUUAAGGACAUCCUUUCAGCAGUUCUCUUCUCUGACAAACCUUCCUUUACGUAAACUGAAAUUCUCUCCAAUUAAAUAUGGCUACCAGCCUCGCAGGAAUUUUUGGCCAGCAAGAUUAGCUACGAGACUCUUAAAACUUCGCUAUCUCAUACUAGGAUCGGCUGUUGGGGGUGGCUACACAGCCAAAAAGACUUUUGAUCAGUGGAAAGAUAUGAUACCGGACCUUAGUGAAUAUAAAUGGAUUGUGCCUGACAUUGUGUGGGAAAUUGAUGAGUAUAUCGAUUUUGAGAAAAUUAGAAAAGCCCUUCCUAAUUCAGAAGACCUUGUAAAGUUAGCACCAGACUUUGACAAGAUUGUUGAAAGCCUCAGCUUAUUGAAGGACUUUUUUACCUCAGGUCACAAAUUGGUUAGUGAAGUCAUAGGAGCUUCUGACCUACUUCUCUUGUUAGGUUCUCCAGGAGAAACGGCGUUUAGAGCAACAGAUCAUGGAUCUGAAAGUGACAAGCAUUUUAGAAAGACAUCUGAUUUACUGAGGAGGAAAAUGGAAAUGCAGUACAGAGCCCAAGGGGUCUGCUUGGUGAGCUCAUUCUCUUACAACAACAAAUUCAAGAGCAUGAAGAGGAAGCGUGCAGAGCUGCUGGCCAAUAUAGCACGAGCUAUGCCCAACAGAAGCGCAAGGUGAUGGAUGGUUUAAGGGGGCUGCCGAUACAUUCACACUAAUCAGCCAUUUCUGCCAAGAUCAUGUCGCCAUAAUCCGUUCAUGGA